AUCAAACAGAGACACAUUCGCGAAAAGAUACAAUGGCAUUGUCUUUGAAUUUCGUCAGUUCUUUAAUUACGCCUAAAACACUUACCCUCGAUUGGGGUUUUGGCAAAUAGUGCCAAUUAUAUGCCUUUUUGGGUGUAAACAAAUUCGGAUUCGGAUUCCAAGCGUGUUUAGAACAAAUAUAGCCAAAGCCAAAAAAGAAAAAAAUAAUAACAAAAAGCCAUAGAUCUCGAGAUCCCGAAACAGAUGUUUGCUUUGGCCAAAUAACUUUUAAUCUUUGGGCGAUUGGAUGCUGAAUUGGAUGGAGGCUUUUGCUAUGGAUUCGAGAACUAUAAAACUCAGAUGGAAGUUCUUGGGUAGGCACAGUUAUCCAAAGAUACGCAACUGAAAGAUGCGAUUUAUCUGCGUUGUGAUACUGGGCUGCCUGGUGGCAGGCACCUAUGCCGCAACCACAGCCAGCGAUCCCACAUCCUCCUCAUCCUCGACAUCCCCGUCGACAUCCUCAACCUCCACUUCCUCCACAUCCCCGUCCACGUCCUCAUCGACCUCGACUUCUCCUUCGACAUCUUCCACUUCAUCGACAACCUCCACAUCCAGUUCGUCCACCUCGGACACCGCAACCACCACCACCACCACGACAACCACAACCACUGUGGCACCCACGACGACCACAACCACCGAGGCUACAAAAUCCAAGAAAGUGGAGCGAAGGGUUCACUACAGGAAUCGCCGAUCCAGGAAGGAUAAGAAGAAGAAGAAGAAGGUCAAGAAGGUCAGGAGGAGGAAGAACAAGCGCAGCCGUCGCAGCGGUUAAAUCAAACCAAAGAUUUCAAACUAACCCACUGAUUCCACAGCAAAAAUAAUUAUAAAUUAAUUUGACCAAAUAAAGAAAUAUAACCUACAUAUGGAAGUUCAUUUUCGCAAUUUUAGAAAUUUUAGUUGGGUUCAAAUUACCAAAUUAGAAACCCUUGAAUAAAAUACGCUUUGUAUUGAGUUUUUUAGUUAAUGCUUUUAUUUAUUAUAUUAUAUGGUGGGAUCGACUCUAAAAUCGAUCUCUCAAAAUGAGUUCUAUGACACUUUCGGUUAUACAAAUGAAUUAAAAAAGUUGUUUUUUUUUGUGGUUUUUUUUGUAGGCUUUUGUUUUGUGUAAUUUUCGAUUAACUAAGGGGAAAGACAUGCGACGACAUCAAAUGAACAUCGGAUAGAAUGUCCACACAAAUGUAGAUAUAUAUACUCGUAUAUGUAGAUAUAGGUUUUAAGUAAAUUGUCUGCCAAUUUGCGUAUCUAUAUGUUGUGUAUAUAUAUAUAUAUAUAGGUAUAUAUGCGAAGUCAUAUCCGUAGACUUAGGUGGCUAAAAACGUUUUGAAAAUCGAAUAUCGAAUCGAAACACAAAGUGAAGAAGAUAGUUGCAAGUAUAAAAAAUAGGUUUAUGUUUGUUUAUCCUUCUACAAAUCUUCCAUCCUCGUUUUACAUUAUCUUUUUUAUAUAAAAUCUUCUUCUUCAAUCUUCUAUAUCCACAACCUCAACCUGGCCAGCAGUAUGCGUGUGUGUGUAUGUUUUUUUCUUUUUGUAUCUAUGUUUAUAAUCAGCGACCUCAGUUUUGUUUUUUGUUUUUUCGUUUUUUUAGGUGGAAACAGGAAGCGGCAACAAGAGCAAAUUCUCAUUGCUUAACUGCGAUUGAUUUGAGUUUUGAUUAUUUUUUGGGAUGGUUUUCUUUAUCAGUAUGCUCAUCUAUAAUAUAUAAAUGUGUAGAUCAUCGUUCAACGUUUAUAAAAAAAUAUAUAUGUAUAUAUAUGUUUCGCCAUGAAGUUUGAACUGUUCUCUCAAGACUUUUCUUUCUGGGAUGUCGAUAAUGCACCAAUGUGGGAAUAUUUAUACAAUAAGUAUAAGUAUAUCUGUAAAUGGAUAUGUUUUACUUUUCUCAUUUUAUUUCGGCAACAUUGUUAUUGAAUUUACGUUAAGGUUUGCUUGUGAACUCUUUUGGGUUUUAGUUUUUCUUUUUUGGAAUGAAUUCUUGCUUUAGUAUUUCGAAGAAUUAACAAAAGUGUGAAUGCUGAAGGCAGAAUCAAGAGUUGGAAUCGGUUAACUUUACAGAUAACUAUAAGUUAAGGGCUUUGCCAAGUGCACUUCGCAAUUAUUCAAGAGGGAAGCCUGUAUAAUAAGAGUUCUUCAACAUAUAAUUGUUCUUAUGCUUCCCCAUCGAAUAGUUACAAAAUGCACAAUGGAUUGUUGAACUGGACUUCAUUGGUUUACAUAGAAAAGUAUACAAAACUAAAUUGCUACUUAAUUAAGGUACAAAAAAAUGGAAAAAAAAUAAGCGAAUCGAAAGUUGAUGGAAAUCUCUUUUUCGAAUUUGGGCUUUAGGAGCUGUUUUUUGUUUUGUUUUUUUUUUUUUUAGUUAGUUAGUUAGUCUAGGGUAAGUAAAUGGGGUUAUUAUGCUAUUACAUAUUUCAUAUUUUGUGGUUCAUUGUGGUUGCUUAUGCGCCUUUCGAUCUCUAGAUAUAUAUUUAAUAUUGUAUUGUAUUUCGCCUCUCAUUUCGUUCUACGCUUUUCACUUCUUUAACAUUCAUUUUGUUUUUGUUAAAUUUUAUUUUAAAUAUCACGGCAUUCAGCUGAGGUCUGAUCUGAUCUAUUUCUUAUGCUUAUAUAUCUUUCCAUACGAUUUUGUUUAUCAUUUUUUAUUGCAUUGGCAUUUCACAUUUUAGUUUUGGGUGUUUACUUCUUCUUUUAUUUUUUUUUUUUAUGUUUUUGUUUUUGUGUUGCAUAAAAGUCAAACAAACAGCGAAGAAAAAAAUAAUAAUGGCUUUCGGAUAUCGUCUAUGGACUAAUCUUUUGGACUAAACAAAACGGGCAAAAAUUAAACUAAAAUAGCUCGUGACAGAGACACAGAUACAGAUACGAAUACCGAGGAUGCGGAUAGAGAUGGAGUUAUAGAUA